AGUGUAAUUUGAUGUUAAGAGUCUACUCUGGAUUUUUUAAGCUUAAAAGUCACAUAUUUUACUUGGGAUUAAGAUCCAAGAAAGUGACUGAAUUGUGUGUUUUAGUUUGGAUCGCUUGGUGAAAGACUGAAUGUCUGUUUCUCUAAAAUGUUGACAUGAGUUCUUUUCAAAGGGAUGCAGAAGAAAAGCAAAGGGCUGUCAAUUCCAUUAAGACAUGGCUUGAUGACCUCAAGGACUUAGCUUAUGAUAUGGAAGACAUUCUGGAGGAAUUCACAAGUAAUGGCUUGAGGAGUAGCGUGAUUGCAGAACCUCAAUGUGCCAGCACUACCAGUAGAUGCAUCCCUGCGUGCUUCUCUUAUUUCAAACAUAGUGAUUCCAUGUUUGAUUCCAACACCAUUUCUAAGGUGAAGGCUAUUUCUAAUAGGUUGCUAAGCAUGACAGAAGGAUCAAACAUACUCGGCUUACUAAGUUUAACCAUGCAAGCUGGAGAACGGCCAGAUAAAGUAGAUGUUGCGAGGGUGCCCACUAGUUCCCUACCCGACUCUCAUGUUUAUGGACGAGAAACUGAUAAAGUAGCUGUUCUUCAAAAGUUACUAAAUAAUGAAAGCAGUUCCCAAGGAUAUUCUGUAAUUCCUAUUGUUGGGAUGGGAGGAAUAGGCAAGACCACUUCGGCUCAAAAUGUUUACAAUGAAGUGGGGCAGGGAAGCUUUGAGCUUAAGGCAUGGGUUUGUGUCUCUGACCGAUUUGAUGUGUUAGGCAUUACAAGAUCCAUUUUGGAGGCAGUAUCUAGAGUCCAGCAUGAUUUGAGAGAUUUGAAUUUGCUUCAAGAAGAAUUGAAGGAAAAGUUAUCAAGCAAGAAGUUUCUACUUGUUUUAGAUGAUGUUUGGAAUGAGGGUUACAGGCAAUGGGAUACCUUGCAAAAACCUUUCCAAUCAGGAUCAGCUGGAAGCAAAAUAGUAGUAACAACUCGUAGCAAGCGUGUUGCAGAAAUCAUGGGUGGGAAUGACAGGAUUCACUAUCUAAAAGAGUUAGACUACAAACAAUGCUUGUCAAUUUUUGCUCGACAUGCACUGGGAGAAGAUAACUUUGAUGCACAUCCAUGUUUAAAAGAGGUUGGGGAAGAAAUUGUCAAGAGAUGUAAUGGAUCACCGUUGGUUGCAAAAGUCCUUGGGGGUCUCUUACGACGUAAGCAUGGCUUUGAAGAUUGGAAAUUCAUAUUAAAUAAGAUGUUGAAUUUGCAGGAGGUCAAAAGCGAGAUUCUGCCAUCCUUGAUGCUGAGCUACCAUCAUCUACCUUCUCAUUUGAAGCAAUGUUUUUCAUAUUGUGCUGUGUUUCCUAAGGACUACGAAUUUGACAAGGAGGAGUUAGUUUUGUUAUGGAUGGCAGAAGGGCUACUAAGAGAGGAAAAUCAGCUGGAAGAAAUUGGUCAAAGAUAUUUUCUUGAGUUACUUUCAAGAUCAUUUUUCCAACAGUCCACCAAGAAUAAAUUACGGUAUGUAAUGCAUGACCUCAUACAUGAUUUGGCUGAAUUUGUUGCUGGAAGAACUUGCUACAAUCUAGAUCUAGAGGAUAUGUCUGAGAACUUUUCUCAACUUAAAGGGGAACUAUCUAUUCUAGAUUUGCAUAACGUUUCACAUGCUCAUGAUGCUAAGAAGGCCAGCUUGGACAAGAUUGAUGGUCUUGAUUGGUUGCUCUUGCAAUGGACUUCUGAAUUUGGCAAUUCUAGGAAUGAAGACAAGGUAAUGGAGGUCCUUAGCUGGUUAAAACCACAUCUAAAAUUGAAAAGUCUCUCAAUUAUUUGCUAUGGUGGCAAGGAAUUCCCGUCCUGGAUUAGUUGUCCGUCAUUUUCUAAUUUAUCAUACUUGAAGCUAUGCCAAUGUAGACGAAGCACUUCAUUACCAUCAUUGGGGCAAUUACCAACACUCAAAGAAUUGAUUGUGGAAGGCAUGGAUGCAAUAGAAACGGUGGAUUCUAAGUUUUAUGGGCAUGGCACUUUUCAAUGUCUUGAGAAGUUGGAGUUUCGUGACAUGUUAGUGUGGGAAGAAUGGACUUCUACAACAGGAGAUGGAGUGGGAUUCUCAUGCCUUCGUGAGCUUGUGAUUGAAAAUUGUCCUAAGUUGAUAGGACAAUUACCCAGUCAGUUGGCUGAUGUUAUUAAUCUUGUGAUCAGAAGAUGCCUAGAGUUAAGAUGCCCAUCAUCUAUGAGUCUUCAGUCACUACAAAAGCUGAAUAUUGAAGACUGCAAUGUGGCCGUUUUGAAUAGCUUGGUUGAUCUCGUCUCUCUUACUAGCUUGGAAAUUGAGAGAAUUUCAGGACUUGUUUGCUUGGCUAGGAGUUUUAUUGAGUCCUUGAUAGUAGUUGAGAAGGUGAAGAUUAAAAAAUGCCUCGAGCUUACUUGUUUAUGGGAGGAAGGUGCCAAGAUAGAAAACCUUGCUCAUCUUGAGAAAAUGAACAUUGAGAGCUGUCCUCUUCUUGUUUCAUUGACGGGGAAAGAACAUGGCCUGCUUCCUUCCAAUCUUAAACAUCUCACACUUUCAAGGUGCAAGGCUUUAGAGUCAUUAACUGAUGCAAUGAUGAUGAAGGUAGAUGGAAGCAGUAGCAGCAACAACAUGUUGAGACUUGAAUCAUUAAGCAUCUACAAUUAUGGAGUAUUAUUGCAAGAUAAUGGUGACAGCAAUAGCAAUCUUGAAUCUUUGACAAUAGAGCAACUUCCAUCUCUAAAUUCUGUUGGGAGUGGUCAUCUGCCAGCUUCUCUCAAGGAAUUUACUGUUGAAGAUUGGAAGAGGUUGGAAUCAUUUCCAGAGAGGAUGCUGCAACAUUGUACGGAACUUGAAUCCCUUCGAAUUGGGGAUUGUGAAGUAUUGAGAAGCUUAUCACUUGAUGGCCUCAGCAAUCUUCGUGAUUUGAAUAUUGUAAGGUGUGCAGUUUUAGAAUUCUUCCCAAAAAUAGGCCUUUCCUUGCCCAAUCUUAGGUCUUUAACAAUUAUAGGUUGGCCAGGGUUGGAGCGCAUUCCAGAUGGGGGUUUUCCCCCAAACUUAACAGAUCUUUACUUAGACGGUGAGCAUCUGAAGCAGCCGACAGUGGAACGGGGCCUCCGCAAUCUUAUCUCUCUUCAAAACGUUGGCAUUUCUAACACUUGUCCUCCUCCGGAUAUUGUGCUUCCUCCUUCUUUAAUAUUUCUCUGGAUAGUAAAUGCAAAGAAUCUGAAAUCCAUACCCAGAGGGCUCCUCCAAAACCUCAACUCUCUUCGAUAUUUAGAGAUUUGUGACUGCCCAAAGCUACGGUCCUUGCCGAGGGAAGGCCUGCCUCCGUCGCUUGUAUCUCUCUGCAUCUCUAAGUGUCCGCUUCUAAAACGACAAUGCUUUGAGGAGAAACGAGAAUAUUGGUCUCUCACCCGUACCAUCCCUCUCGUCCAAAUGGAUGAUGAUGAGGUAAAAACCUACACUCAAACUCACACUCUGAUGUAGAGACAAACAAGGAUAGCCUCUUCUUCUUCUUCUUCUUCUUCUUCUAAUUGUUGGAAGCUAACUUUUCUUACACAUAUUCAUCAGCUAUAACCACCAAAGCCAAUUUUUACCUGACUGAAAUCUGGAAUGAACCUACAGACUUAUUAUUGAGUCUUCAACUUUGUAGACAUAUAUCAUGUGUAAUGGGUUGCCCUGUAGAAGUAAUGGAGGCAAAAUUUGCACAUGUGGCCAAACAACUUUGUUAUAUGGGUUGCUAUGAAAUUUCUCUUAGUGAUACAACUCGUGUUGGUACGCCUGGUAAUGCUUAAAACUGUAUUCUGUUUGGAACCACACAUUAUUUGUUUUUACCUUCUCUUGGGGUGGGCCCUUAGGGGAGUGGCAGUGGGGUUUCUGUUGGUUUGUUUCGAAUCAUGUUAGUGAUUUUAAUGCACACAAAUAGCUGAAGCUUCUUCUAAAUCCAUUGUCUGAUACAGGCUAAUUGAUUAUGUGCUGGUUUCAAUGCAUCAUAAUCUCAAAUUUAUUAUUUUUACUUUUGGGGUUAACCUAGGAUAUUCUUCUUUUGUGCCAUGUUGGAGGAACUGUCAGUCAAAUUCUUGAAGCUGUUCUUGAUGUUGUUCCAAUUGAUAAGCUUGCUGUACAUCUCCAUGACACUUAUGGAUGGGGGGAUCAACACCGUGGACUCAUAGGUUGCAGGUCUUGGAGGUUAUCCAUUUAAUCCUAGAGUUUUACCGGGCAAUGUUGCCACUUUGGGUGUUGUUUACGUGCUAAAUGGACUUGGAGUGAAAACCAACGUGGAUCUUUAGAAACUCAUCUGCUAGAGGUUUUUAUCUGUGAGCAUUUGGGAAGGACGUCAAGUUCAAAGACCACAGCUGCCUUGAGUAGGGAAGCAAAGUCUUGUACUCUCAGUAACUUCCUACCAGGAUUCGUAGCAGUUAAAGACAAUGACCUUGGAAUUAGUCGCAUAAUUCCAAAAAAAGGAGAAAACAAAUGAACAUAUAACAUAUACCAAAAAAUGAAUGGCAGAAGAAACGUGACAUUGGUGUGGCAGAAGAAACGUGACAUUUGUGUGAAGAAAGCAGAAGAAAGAAUUCAAAACUUGUGUUAAACCUAUACAACAGUUUUAGUAGGGGGAGUAAGAGGGUGAUGCCUUAUUACAUUGUAUAAAUAACAAACAAUUCAAAGAGUGUGAAGAAUAUAAAUUAAGGAGUGGCUUCUGAAACUCAAGAGGUUCAAGUGUUAUGAUUUCGUGGGUUUAACUUAGAUUUGGUCCUCUUCUUUUGUGUACCUUGUUGCAGGUAUUGUCAUUCCAAUGCUUGAAGCUGCUCUUGAUGUUCCAAUUGAUAAGCUCUUGCUGUCCAUUUUCAUGACAUUAUGGGCAAGCCCUUUCAAAUAUUUUAGCAUCUCUCCAAGUAAGCAUUCUUUCUCAUUUUUAAUACAUAAGCAUUCUUUCU